AUGCCUGAAAUCGAGGGUACUCGGAUGUAUGUGGUUACUAGAAAGUUACAUGCUCUCAAGCCUAUUUUUAGGUCGAUGCGGCAACAAAAAGGGGAUCUUUCUCUCAAUGUAGAGCAAGCCAAGGAAUUCCUCGCUACAGCCCAAGAACUCCUUGCUCACGACAGACAUGAUGAGACAUUGUUGUUAGUAGAGCACUAUUGUCGAAUUGUGCUCAUGAAAGAUGUGAAGUUAGAGCAAAGCAUGCUCCGACAACGGGCUAAAAUGCAAUGGUUAAAGGAGGGUGAUCAAUGCUCGAGGAUCUUCUUUCGCAAAGUCGCCACCCGACGAGCAACAAAACAGAUCUACCAAAUAAAAGGGCUUGAUGAUAACAUGAUCAACGAACCGGAAGAUAUUGUUGCGGAAUUUGUGCGCUAUUUCGAGGCCUUAUUAGGCAGUUUUCGCCAAGAAAGGGAGCUCAACCUACAACAUUUGAGGUCAAGGGCUACGCAUGUGUUAACGAAGGAGGAAGGGGACAUGCUUGUAACCCAAGUCACCAGAGAUGAAGUUAAAGAUGCCUUCUUUGACAUUGAGGAGGACAAGGCACCGAGGCCUGAUGGUUUUCCGGCAGGAUUUUAUAAAGCUGCGUGGCCUAUCGUUGGGUGGGAGGUCACAUAUGCAAUACUGGAGUUCUUUCAUCAUGGUCGGCUGUUGAAGCAAAUUAACUCCACGAUUAUUUCUCUCAUCCCCAAGGAAUUAUUUUCGGGCUACAACCAACAACGUAAGCCCCCUUGGUGUGCGUUGAACGUUGAUUUAAGAAAAGCUUAUGAUAUGAUGGAGUGGGAUUUUCUGUUUGCGGUUCUACGAUUAUAUAAAUUCCCAGAAAUCUUCAUUGGAUGGAUACGGGAAUGCGUUACAACCACAACAUUUACUAUUGCGCUGAACGGUGGCAUUCAUGGAUUCUUUGCGGGGGCUCGAAGGCUUAGACAAGGGGAUCCCAUGUCUCCUUAUCUGCUUGUGUUGGUUAUGGAAAUUCUUGGCCCCACGAUCCAACAAAAAAUUGAGGUUCAAGGUGGAUUUCUUUAUCAUUGGCAAUGUGAGGAGACAAGGCUCUUCCAGCUAUCGUUUGCUGAUGAUUUGCAACUCUUAUGUCGUGCUGAUGAGUCCUCUAUACGGGUAUUUAAAGAAGGUUUGGACGAUUAUUCCGCUUUAUCUGGUCUUCAUACUAAUGCUGCUAAAAGCCAGGUUAUAUUCUCUAAAGCUGCUCAGCCGCUUAAACAUACAAUCGUAAGCACCCUCGAUUUUCAGGAGGGAGAAUUACCAGUUACAUAUCUCGGAUUAUCACUUAUUGCCUCUCGGCUUUCCAUCUCUGAUUGUAAACCUUUGCUUAUUAAGAUUGAUAAGAGAUUGCAGUGUUGGGCUUCCAUUCAGUUGUCAUUUGCAGCUAGAAUUCAACUCAUUAAAUCAGUUCUCAUGUCACUACAAAUUUAUUGGGCUAUGGCAUUUAUUUUGCCAAAAGGAGUUAUUAAGGAGAUAGAGAAAUGGUUCCGCCAGUUCCUGUGGAAAGGUGCAUCAACCUAUGGAUAUUCGAAGGUUUUCUGGAAUCAAGUGUGUCGGCCGGUGGAAGAAAGAGGACAGGGAAUCAUGGAUAUAGUAUCCCUCAAUCGAACUCUUAUAAGUAGACAUAUUUGGAGAAUAGUAAGCAAAUCCAGCGGUUCUAUAUGGGUAAAAUGGAUUUGCAUCAUGAGACUUCAAGGCAAAUCUAUAUGGACAGUUGAGGCUAAUUCUAGGGCAUGGGGUUGGCGCAAAUUGCUUGGACUACAACAUAUACUACUGCCUCAUAUCCAUUAUAAGAUCGGCAAUGGGGAAUUAAUAUAUAUAUUGCAGGAUCCUUGGCAUCCUAUGGGGAUCUUAAUGGCUAUAUUUCCACAUGGCCCCUAUCACACCCACACAUGGGCGGACAUGCUCCUUAGAGAGGUUAUUCACAAUGGAGUAUAG